AUGGAAAGCACACCGCCGCUCACCACGGCUGCAGACUUGGACAUGCGUGCUGCGCGGGUCGCUGACCCUUCAAUAGAUCUGAAGACAAAGCUCACUGUCGCAUGCGAACUGCGCGAGAUGAUCGAUACCGUCAGAGAUGCUGAAUCCUCUCGUGUUCUCCCUCACAUGAUCCCUGUGCUCCUGCAACUCCUCAAGACAGGAGAAGCGUCGUUUCAGAAAGAUGCCCUGGAAUACCAAUUCCGUCGUUGUCUACUCGACACUCUCCACCGUAUUCCUUCCACUGAAGUGAUUCGUCCGCAGGCACUUCUCAUCUUCCAGGGAAUGUUGUACAUCCUGCGUCACGACAAUGAAGAAAAUGGCAUCACUUGUUGCAAGACUAUAAUGGACUUGGUGCGGUCAUUCAGAGCGCUGAAUGAAGAAUUGCUUUCCGAGUUUCUAGCCAUUUUCCAAGAAAUCUUACAGAAUAUGAAGGGCCUUGUCGACGAAACGCUAUCCGAAGACUCCCCACUCAUGGACUCCAAUUUAGUCCUUCCUGCGACGCGCAGUUUCAAAGUCCUUGCAGAGAUUGCUAUGGUAAUAGUGACGUUCUUGCAAGUUCAUCGCCCAUUGGUGCUUCCUAAAUUGCAGGCAACAUUACCUAUGUGCUUCAACUUUGUUGCUAUCGAAUCUUCUGCUCAGAAAAGGGCGAGGGAAGAUUUCGAAGCGAUGGGUAAUUUCUGGACGGGGAUGGCGCCAACAAUCAAGAAUUCAGUCACAUACACGGAUUACAUCAGCGCAGAAAUCAAAGUUAUUUCAUAUUCAGCAUACGUGUUGCGUGCCCUUGGAGAACAGUAUCAGUCUGAAGGGGAAAUGUCUGAAGGAGAAAUUCUCAUCCUGGCUGCGUUACGCGUACUGCAAGAUUGCCCAGCAAUGGCUCUCACUGCACGCAAGGACUUGAUGGUGGUAUUCAGACAUCUGAUGCUUACGCCGUCUCGGAGAGCAUUGGUCUCUCAAAUAGACAAGCUGUUCGAUGAACGUGUACUCCUGGGCACCGGAGUGGGUAGUAGAGAAACUAUCAGAUCCACUGCCUUCGCUUGUUUCGCCGAUCUUCUUCAUCACCUACGGGGCGAUUUAACUCCGGCGCAGCUGACGCGCAUUUGCACAGUCUAUAUACGUCAUCUGCAAGACCCAUUUCUGACGAACCACCUUCAUAUUCUGUCGGCCAAGAUGAUCUUCAAUCUCGUCGAAGUAAUCGUCACCAAGGACUCGCGUCAAGGAGCUGGACGCAUACUAACUACCCUAUUGGAGGCAAGCGUCGACAAAAUUGAGUCUUUAGCGGACGUCCGGGUCGAAUUGACCGAUAAGAUAGAGAAGGCCAAGAAGGGAGAAAGUGAUCUCGUCGAUUUUACCUUCAUCGAGAAAGCGAGGCCAGUAUCGGCAGCGAUCUAUGCUAUUGAGAAACCAGAGGAUGUCAUCCACGAGUAUCGAGUCGUCUUCCGUACCAUGCUGCAUAUGCUUCGACACACAUUCACCGGGCUUAAAAAGUGCGACGCUCCCGUGCCGGAUGGUGAAAUUGUAUCUCGCCUUUUCGUUGGCAGCAUACGGUGUCUCGCGUUCUACGACGGGGAACCCCUGCGCGAUGCAAAUGAAAUACAGGAAUGGCUGGGAGCAGUCCUGGUAGAGGCUAAUUUGCACGUUUUACAGGAAGUGUGGACGCAGAAGAUAGAGUUUUUCUUCGAGAGUGUGAAGAAGCGUCCUAUGCUGAUGCACCUUGCUCAAGUCCUCUUCACUCGAGAAGUUCUUUCCCCGACUCUAGUCGCCAUCGUUCUGAAGUUUCUUCUCGACCGACUUCCCCUGCUAGGAGAAUAUGACGCUCACACUGCCGCGAUUGCUAUCAAGAUGUUCAAGAUGGCGUUUGGUGCGGUGACCUUGUUCCCGUCGUUGAAUGAACCCAUCCUCGCUUCUCACCUUGGGAAGCUCAUCAUGGACUGCUUCCCCUUAGCAGCAAAGGCGACCAACCCGGUCAAUUAUUUCCAUCUCUUGAGGGGACUCUUUCGCGCUAUAGGAGGUGGCGGUGGAAGAUUUGAGUUGCUCUACAAGGAAGUUUUGCCGCUUCUUCCUGAAAUGCUGCAAUGUCUUCAUCGUCAGUUGCUCGCCUCCCACGGAGCUAGCCGGGAUCUAGUCGUGGAAUUGUGUCUUACUGUUCCUCUCCGGUUGACUCAUUUAUUGCCUUACCUCAAUUACUUGAUGCAGCCGCUGGUCUUAGCUCUACGAGGGAAUCCGGAGUUAGUUUCGCAGGGCCUCCGCACAUUGGAGCUGUGCAUUGACAACCUCACGCCCGAUUUCCUUGAUCCGACCCUCAACGCCGUUCUCAGAGAGUUGAUGGAAGCCCUCCACAGCCAUCUGAAACCCGUUCCUGCCAAUCAUCAUCACGCACACACUACCAUUCGUAUCUUGGGAAAAUUGGGAGGUCGAAACCGACGACUUCUGGACAAGGAGCCUGCAUUGCAAUGGCACCAUUUUUCUGACCCGACGAGGGCUCGUUUCUCAUUCGGAGGAAUGGCAGGAAGCAUCGAGCUAGGUCCCAUGUCGGUCUUGGCUGUUUCCGCUCUAACGCCUGGGAACACGUUGUCGCCGUAUCGUAAUCAUGCAUACGGCUAUGUGGAAGCCUGUUUGACGCUGCUACUUCACGAGGGCAUCCGAGGUCGUGACAAAGAAACCGUCUUCAUACGAUGUCUCGAAGGGCUGUUUGAUGCCAUUCACCUCCCCGAGCUACAAGACAAAGCAGAGAAUAACAUUCGGGAAUUGUCGCACUUCGUUUUUAACGCGGACAUCCGCACGACUACACCGAAAGAACGAAGGUACCCGAGUCUUCUUCUUGCCUGUUACCUCAAUGCAUUGCCUCAUGGCCUUGCACGAGAAAAUCCUGACGAAGCAUUGAAGGCGCAACAACUUGUAUCGACUUUGAUACAUGACCUUGUAGCCAUGGCGAAUUCUCAAGGGAUAUCAUCCCAGGACGUAAUCCCCACCCUCUACCACAUUGCCAGUCGCUUCAGCUCUCUUUGCCUCGAGGAUUCGUGGGUGCACCGAAGUGCCGGUUGUGGUGGUAUCAGGAUCAUGACCCACAUGCCCGACUUGGGGAUGAAAUGGAUAAAAGAUCGCGAACUUGAUUUGAUCAGGACACUGCUUCAUGUCUUGAAGGAUAUGCCUUACGAUCUUCCGCGCGACGUAGAUGAAGUUGUCGAUGUCUUGAUCCGUGUCUUGCGAGUUGGAGGUGACGACCUGCGAGUACUGGAGGGCGAAGAGGGAGCACCUGGACGGAACAAGCUCGCCGCACUGACAUCACUAUUUUUCGGAGAACUCUCCACUUCCAAUGCCAUCGUGCGAAGAACUGCUCAACAAUGUAUUGACUUGCUCGCGGAGCUUAGUGGCAGGACGCCAGCAGAACUACUUUUACCUCAUCGGGAUCGAAUGCUCACGGCCAUAUACACUAAGCCGUUACGAGCUCUGCCAUUUCCCAUCCAAAUCGGAAUGAUUGAGGCUGUGCGCUACUGCAUAAGUCUUGAUCCUCCCCUCCCGGAGCUUAAUGACGAGCUCUUGCGACUCCUCCAUGAGACCCUUGCAUUGGCCGAUGCGGAUGACAUGGCUCUUCUUGGACGAGGCAACCCCCGGCAAGGUAGCCUCGAAAUUAUCAAACUCCGCGUGGCGUGCAUCAAGUUGCUAACAGCAUCUAUGCCUCUCACUGAUUUUUUCUCGAAACAGCAUCAAACACGGCAGAGAGUUACAAGUGUCUACUUCAAAUCCCUCUACUCACCUGUACCGGAAGUAAAGGACGUCGCACACGAAGGUCUUCGGAUGGUUCUGACACACCAAAGCAGGUUGCCAAAAGAACUGCUGCAAACUGGACUGCGACCGAUUUUGAUGAAUCUUGCGGAUCCUAAGCGACUCUCCAUUCCCGGUUUGGAAGGGCUCGCACGUCUACUUGAGCUCCUGACCAACUACUUCAAGGUGGAGAUAGGUUACAAAUUGCUCGAUCACUUCCGUAUCGUUGCCGAUCCUCAGAUGCUGCAAGCUUCGUCGCGACAGCCAUUACUAGAGAAUGAGGGCAUCACGAAGCUCGUUCGUUUGGCUAACAUAUUCCACCUCCUACCUUCCGCCGCAAAUGUCUUUCUGGAGAACCUCGUCAAUGCUAUUGUGCAAACGGAGGCGGCCAUGCACUUCUCAGGGCAAAGCCCGUUUUCUGAGCCACUGGCAAAGUAUCUCGAUCGCUAUCCUGUAGAGGCCGUCGACUUCUUCAUGCGCAAUCUUCAAUUACCAAGACACGUCCGCACUCUGAGGAGUAUCUUACAAGCUAAACUGGCGUCGAACCUGCUACGCGAGUUGACGUUGCGUACGUCCACUAUUGUGGCCAGUUGCUUCGAAAGCAGAAACCCUAGCCUCAUCUUGCCGGGAUUAUUGUUGUGCUCCGAUCUGGCCGAUCUUGUUCCUGAUUGGUUAGUGACGAAUUGCCAUGCCGUGGACGCCAUCCUCGCUUUGUGGAAAGUAGAACCAACCCCGUUGGAUCAAUCCACCGAAUAUCUUGGAGAUGUCGAUCAGAGAUAUACCUUGAUGUUGUCCAUCUUCCAGAGAGCAUUGCGCAGCACCGCUCGGAUCGAUCUGCUGUUCGACAUGAUAGCUGUGUUCUCUCGCGAACAUGCAUUGGACAUGAUACAUAUGUCACAAUUUUUCUAUAGCCACGUCGCUUUCAGCAGCUCCCUUACCUUCCGCCGGAAUGUCCUGUGGCGAUUCUUCGUUUGGUUCGAUGACCAGUCCGUCCCAUGGUCUCACAAGACACAUCUUUUGCAAUACGUUGUGACACCCACGCUGUUGGUUCAUUCCGUUCAAACACCUUCAAAGUUAGGCCUGUUGGAUAAUGACAUGGUUCAGAGAAUUCACAGUCGCAUCUGGAAGCCAUUGAUCGAUGAUGUCACAUUUUCUGGAGCCGAUGACACAUUCAAGAUUGAGUUGCUGCAUCUGACGACAGUCAUGGUUCACCGGUACCCCGACUUUCUUCAGGAGGUGAAGAAGGAUAUUAUCAAGUGUGCAUGGCAUUACAUCACUAGCGAAGAUCCCCUCGUAAAGCAGACUGCGUACCUCCUUGCAGCUCGCUUCUUCGAGGCUUUUGACGGUCCCCAGAAGUUUCUUCUGCGCGUAUGGACAGGCUUGUUGAGGCCACCGCAUAAUGAAGGGAAGACGCUUGUUCGUCAAGCCCUCGAUAUCCUAGCUUCAGUCCUUCCUCGUGCUCAGACUAAUGAAGUUGGAUAUCCUCAAUGGGCGAAGACAACGAGACGACUUUUGGCAGAGGAAGGAAGCGGAGCCUCUCAAAUUGGUCUUAUAUACCAGUUGAUUGUCCGUCAAGCAUCACUGUUCUAUCCAGUUCGCGCGCUUUUCAUACCCCAUAUUGUCAACUACUUGACCAAGCUCGGCUUGUCGAACACUUCCACGCUUGAUUCACGGCUCUUGUCGAUCGACAUCCUGCAAGUGAUUUUCGAUUGGGAGCUCCAGGCGACUUCUUCAAAAGCUAUGGAAGAUACUGCAGGAGAUGGUGAUACAACUGCAACUGCAUGGGUUACACCCCUAGCGUUUCGGGAGACUAUGGUCAGCUAUCUCGUCCGCCUCGCCACGGGGCCGCAGGAUAUGCAAGCGAGGAACAACGUCGUAUCGCGAGCUCUUGCUUUGCUUCGACUAGUUGUGGGUCCGACAGGUUGGAGUGAUGUCACGGUUAAACUGCACUAUUUCUCCCGCGCCCUUGAACAGAAUGACCUGAACGGUGAAGUAGCGCUGAACCAAGCCAUCUUCGCCGCCAAAGUCCUGCAAGUCGUUUCCUCAGAAAAAGACAACACUUGGUAUAGCGAAAAUGCGGAGAUCCUCACGAAAUUGGUCAGAAAGGGCAUGACAAGCGAGGACCACAGUCUCCAGGACUCACUGCAUCUUGUUUUCGACCAUUUGAUACGUAUUUUCCCUUUACCAAAGGAGGAAGACGAUCAUCAGACCGACGUUUCCGACUUUCACAGCUUCAUUUACACGGUGAUAGGCGACAAUCUGCGAAAUGCAGAGAAUUUAAGGGGUAACGCUGUGUCGAUACUGCGUGGUGUUCUUCUUAUGCUGAAGUCGGUCGUACAAGUCACCCCUGAACGUAUAGAACCGUUCAGCGGACCCUUGAUGAAGCUGUUGUACAAGCUUACGAAGGAUCACGUUGCGUCAGCACCAUCUACGAACGGGUUCGACUUGAACGUUCGCUUACUCGAAGCCAUACUGCACAUCUGUCGCAAUGCAGUGGUUUACCUUGGCGAUCAGAGGAAGCACCUUCUGAACCAAAUGGUUUUCCUUGUCGAGAAGUCCAAAAGUGGAGGACUUUGCGCUUUCAUGUUGGACAUCGCACGUGAAUGGGCGAUGAACAAACGGGAUCCAUACCCUACGAUGAAGGAAAAAGCCAGCUUGUUACAGAAGAUGGCUGCCUUCGAAAUGCGCGGAGAGCGCGGAGAAGCUCUAUUCAAUGCUUACCUGGAACUCAUAUACGACAUCUACACCGAUUCCGGUCUGCGUCGCAGCGAUCUCACAACUCGACUGGAACAACCCUUUUUGCUUGGCUGCCGCGCACCAGAUGUCAAUAUACGGGAGCGCUUCAUAGAUCUCCUGGACAUGAGUGUUCCACGUUCGCUCUUCAACCGAUUAACCUAUGUCAUUGGUGUGCAAAGUUGGGAGGCCCUGGCUGACCACAAUUGGAUAUUCUUGGCAUUGCAUCUCCUCCUUGGUACUGUUGAUACGGACAUCUCUAUCAUACUUGACCGGAAGGGAUCUUUGGAUGCUGCUACCUUGACUCCACCUUUCACGUUGGGUCGAGCUUCGUCCUUGAUUCGCCCUAUGCAGCGCCUGGCAUUUCUCGAUCCUCAAGCGGCUCACGAGACCUGGGUGUCCGUUUUUCCUGCAGCCUGGGCUUGUCUUUCUAGACGGGAACAAGUUGACUUAACGCAUCAUAUGAUCACGUUGCUCAGCAAAGAGUACCAUGUCAAGCAGUCGGAGUUGCGGCCCAAUGUCAUACAGACUCUCCUCACUGGCAUUCACGCAUGCUCGCCUCCUAUGACUCUCCCUCCUCAUCUGGUGAAAUACCUUGCAAAGACAUUUGGGGCGUGGCAUGUUGCUGCCGAAUUCCUGGAGUCAUCUCUUACCCGUGUCCGGGAGGACGAGAGUGUUGUCCGAGACACUGUCUACGAUUCUCUCGCCGAGAUCUACGCUGAGCUGGCUGAAGACGAUAUAUUCUACGGACUUUGGCGCCGUCACGCACUGUUCAAAGAAACGGAGGUGGCGAUCACGUUUGAACAAUGUGGUAUGUGGGAACAAGCUGCAAACAUGUACGAAAUUGCUCAGAACAAGACACGGACCGGUAAUCUGCCAUACUCAGAGAUAGAAUUCUGUCUCUGGGAAGAUCACUGGAUGCUGGCUGCAGAAAAACUGCAGCAAUGGGAUACUCUCUACGAAGUUGCCAGAGGAGAAAAUAACCAUGAACUGAUGCUCGAGAGCGCCUGGCGAAUCAAAGAUUGGGCGGAGAAUCGCGAUACCCUAGAGGGUCAAAUUAGCAUGUUACCGGACGUUGCGACUCCUCGUCGUCGGGUGUUUGAAGCCUUCGUCUCGCUGUUAAAAUCCCCCGGUGCUCUGGACAGGAAUCAAGACUUUACAAAAUUACUCGAGGAUGCAAUGCAAUUAUCUCUGCGAAAGUGGAUCAGUCUUCCUCCCCAACUUUCGGCUGCGCAUAUCCCUCUGUUACAGCAUUUUCAGCAAUUUGUCGAGCUUCAAGAGGCUGUGCAGAUAUUUGGCUCACUUUCUACUACGAACGCACAGAAUCUUGAAAAGAAAUCUUCCGAUUUGAAGAUGGUACUUCAAGCCUGGCGUGAGCGCUUGCCAAAUAUCUGCGACGAUAUCAGCAUCUGGAGCGACCUCGUGGCAUGGCGGCAAAAUGUGUUCAAUGCUAUUAACAAAGCCUACAUUCCUCUCAUCACUUCUUCUAACCAAACAGGUGGGACAGCGGCGGGUAGCACCAACACGUUCGGCUACCGCGGAUAUCACGAGACAGCUUGGAUUAUCAACAGAUUUGCUCAUGUUGCUCGCAAGCAUGAGCUUCUUGACGUGUGUUUCAAUUCUCUCAACAGAAUAUACACCCUCCCCAACAUAGAGAUAUCGGAGGCUUUCCUGAAGCUCAGAGAACAGGCUCGUUGCCACUACCAGAAACCAGGAGAUCUUCAAGCCGGUCUGGAAGUGAUCAAUAAUACCAACUUGAUGUACUUCUCCACUACUCAGAAGGCCGAGUUCUACACUUUGAAAGGAAUGUUUCAUGCGAAAUUCGGCCGCAAUGAAGAAGCCAACCAGGCAUUUGGUCAAGCAGUGCAACUGGACAUGUUGCAGGCUAAGGCAUGGGCUGCUUGGGGGAAAUUCAAUGACCGCAUGUUCAAAGAUCUUCCUAGUGAUAUGUCGUAUGCAGCCAACGCCGUCAGCUGCUAUCUCCAGGCCGCCGGGCAAUACAAGAGUCGAAAAAGCCGCCCCCUCCUUGCUCGUGUGUUGUGGCUGUUAAGCGUGGACGACGGUACCCUCACAAUUUCGCGUGCAUUCGACACAUACAAAGGAGACGCUGCAUUCUGGUAUUGGAUAACGCUCAUACCGCAGUUGUGUCUUUCCAUAUCUCAUCGAGAAAUAAAGCAAGCUCGCUAUAUCCUUCUCAAUUUAGCGAAGCUUUAUCCGCAGGCACUAUUCUUUCAUUUGCGUACCACUAGGGAGGACAUGGCAUUUGUCAAACGGCAGGCGGCAGCAGCAGCGCAGCGAUCCGCCAAUGUCGAUCAUUCUCAAGUCCCUACGUCGACAUCCGUUUCCCUAGACUCGCAUAAGCGCGCCCAAUCUGACCAAGCAAUGCAGGAUUCUGCGAUGGACGGUGGUUCUGACGUUGUGAAGCCUUUCAUGGCUGGCGAUGAUGCUUCUCAAUUGCAUGCUUCUCCUGGCACGUUACGCAACCCCUCUGAGACUAGCCAAAACGUGGCUCGUCCGAUUGAUUCCAGACGUGUAGUUUCUUCCGAGGCUCGCAGUACGGCUGACCCUACGUUCCCCCAUCCUGGGCGAGCGUCUUGGGAAUGCGUCGAAGAGGUCGUUCAAAUUCUCAAGACAGCGUUUCCUUUGUUGAUCCUCAGCCUGGAGACAUUGGUUGAGCAUAUCAUCAUGAGAUUCAAAGGUACUCAAGAAGAGGAAAUUUAUCGCCUGGUAUCAAUGUUGCUACAGGAUGCAUUGCAACAAUAUAUGUUCCGCGCGUCCAGAGAAGACGAUAAUGGUCAAUUACCGGAGCAGAUCAUUAAGUAUCUACCUCGAUACGCAGGAAGUUUGUCAGGCAGCCCACGGAGAGAUUAUGAAGAGGAUUUCUUGAAGAACAAGAUGUCUCUAUAUGAUUAUAUCCGAAAGCUGCAACAAUGGCGAGACCGAUACGAGCGCUAUCUCAAUUCACGGCCUCGGGAGCAAUCGUUGGAUCUUCUCAGUCAUUAUCUGACUGAAUUCCAGUAUAGCAAGUUCGAUGAAAUCGAAGUGCCUGGGCAAUAUACUGAGGACAAAGAUAACAACCAGAAUUUCGUCAGAAUUCAGAAAUUCGGACCCAAGUUUGAAAAUUGUCACACUCACGGAUAUUAUUGGCGGCGAAUCACAAUACAUGGAAAUGACCAUUCGAAGACAUCAUUCGCCAUCCAACUUCCCUCUGGUAGACACUGUCGUCGUGAAGAGAGGGUGAUGCAAUUGUUCCGUACCUUCAAUGCUGUUCUCUACCGCAAGAAGGAGGGGCGAAAACGCAAUUUGCAGUUCCAUCUUCCAGCCGCUGUGUCUUGUGGUCCUAACGUUCGCUUGAUGCAAAAUGACGCGUCAUAUAUCACCCUCGCAGAUAUCUACGACCAGCACUGCGAGGACAGUGGGAUUGCGCCAGAAGAUCCGUCGUUGGUGGUGGGAGAACGAAUGAAGGUGACUUUGCGUGAAUACAAGCAGAGACAUGGCAAGUUGCCCAGUCAAUCCGAGUACCACACACUCAAAAUGGGUUUGCUGGACGAGGUGACAAAGAAGGUCGCACCGGAAGAUAUUCUAACUCGAUACAUGAUCCGCACUAUGGACGGGCCUGGCGAAUUGUGGCGGAUGAGGAAACAAUUUACGCUGCAACUCUGUGCGACAAGUUUCAUGACCUACGUCUUGUGUUUGACUAGUCGGACCCCAACUCGCUUCCAUCUAUCCCGAACGACGGGUCAGAUGGCUAUGAGUGAGCUUCUUCCAGGCAUCACGAGCCACGGACCCUUCUUUGCAUCCGGCGAGACCGUUCCAUUCCGCUACACACCUAAUAUGCAGCACUUCAUCAAACCUAUAUUAGGCGAUGGCGUCUUAGCGUCUGGUAUCAUGGCCAUAGGUCGCUGCUUGACAGAACCCGAAUAUGAUCUGGAACAACAACUAUACCUUUUCACUCGAGAUGAAGUGAUGACCUGGAUGCAUUCGCACGGGAAACCGUGGACAACUGACCUCUCAUUCCGGGAUAAUGUAACAAGCAACAUCGGAGUCGUCGUCAAACGAGCUGAGGCAAUGGCCUGCAGGGCUGAGCGAGACGAGGGCGUCCCAACUGGCCCAAGUGCCUCGAUGCAUACAGUAUUACAGACGGUGAUGAAGAUGAUUGCGGACGCUACGAACCCAGCAAAGUUGGCGGUAAUGCAGGAUAAUUACGUUCCUUGGUUCUGA